AUGCAUUUUCGCCCAUUACAAUUUAUCACGGGUUUUCUAUUUCAACGCUCAAUUUUCCAGCCUGCUCGAUUUUUUUUUAUAUUCCUCACGUUCAAGAUUCUCCGUCGAUUUUUUCUUACAUUUUUUUUUUUUCCUGCGUUGAUAUUUUGGCGACUCUCUCUCUCUCUCUUCGCGACAUUCUAUAUUGGCGUCUCUCUCUCUCUCUCUCUCUCUCUCGCUCUUCGCGACAUUCUAUAUUGGCGUCUCUCUCUCUCUCUCUUCGCGACAUUCUAUAUUGGCGUCUCACUCUCUCUCUUCGCGACAUUCUAUAUUGGCGUCUCACUCUCUCUCUUCGCGACAUUCUAUAUUGGCGUCUCACUCUCUCUCUUCACGACAUUCUAUAUUGGCGUCUCACUCUCUCUCUUCACGACAUUCUAUAUUGGCGUCUCUCUCUCUUCACGACAUUCUAUAUUGGCGUCUCUCUCUCUCUCACGACAUUCUCUCUCUCUCUCUUCGCGACAUUCUAUAUUGGCGUCUCUCUCUCUCUCUCUCUCUCUCUCUUCGCGACAUUCUAUAUUGGCGUCUCUCUCUCUCUCUCUCUUCGCGACAUUCUAUAUUGGCGUCUCUCUCUCUCUCUCUCUUCGCGACAUUCUAUAUUGGCUCUCUCUCUCUCUCUCUCUUCGCGACACUCUAUAUUGGCGUCUCUCUCUCUCUCUCUUCGCGACAUUCUAUAUUGGCGUCUCUCUCUCUCUCUUCGCGACAUUCUAUAUUGGCGUCUCUUUCUCUCUCUUCGCGACAUUGUAUAUUGGCGUCUCUCUCUCUCUCUCUCUCUCUUACUCUCUCUUCGUGACAUUGUAUAUUGGCGUCUCUCUCUCUCUUCGUGACAUUGUAUAUUGGCGUCUCUCUCUCUCUUCGUGA